AAUGCACGUGAGGUACACGAACCUCUCUUGUUUCGUUUCUCCUUUGGUCUUUCCCAUUAAUUUCCACUCUCCUUCCAAAAAGCUAAAAUAAAGUGUUAUAUAUAUGAUGAUGAUGCUUGAUGUUAAUUAAAAGUUAUAAACAUAAGAUACAAACACAUUGAAACAACAUGAAGUCAUCAUCAUCGUCAUGGACGUUUCACACCACCACAAGCUUAGACCAGAGAAACCCAUCUCCAGUUUCAAGAAAAACACCAAAGCAAAUGAAGAAGACGGCUUCAAGGAACAAACCCAUCAAAGUGCGUUACAUAUCGAACCCCAUGAGAGUCAAAACUUGUGCCUCCAAGUUUAGGGAGCUCGUACAAGAACUCACCGGCCAAGACGCCGUCGAUCUUGGGCUGGAGCCCGAGUUUUCCCCUUCCGCUGUAUCCGACCACAGCCCUUCUCCGCCACCGCCGGAGAAUCUUGCGCCAUGUGUUCUUCAUCAGGAGCCGUUCGAUGAUCUGGUGGCUGGAUACUAUGAGCCAUUGGAUGGGGAUGAGAAGUUUUUGUCCGGAGGUUUUUCUGGAUUUUUCUCGAAUGAGUUUUACAAUGUGGAUGACUUUGGAAGAAUCGAUUCUAUAUGAAGAUCUUCGGAGUAUUUAGGUGUUUCAAGUACAUAUCUACAGAAUCAUGUAAUGCCGUGCAUAUUGUUUAAAUUUAUAUAUGUAUAUUAGUUACUUACCAAGGUUUGUGAAGAGAAUAAUUAGAAGAGUAAUUAAGGCAUUUGUAAAAUGUUUUGAAUGGACCUCUUGAUUUAUUAUUUUGUUUGAUUAUUUGGAUAUGUUUGAUUUUAGAGAAAUGAGUUCAAAUAGUUUCAAAACGUGA